UUCACGGAGCUCUUAUUUUUCGUUACUCCUUGGCGGUAGGGAGCGAACAAGUACCUGUAGAUUUCUGUUGUUAAAUAUUUGAUGGUAAUUAUAAUUUACAAAAUUUAAUCCGAUUACGAGGACGUGCACAAGAUACCUUGAGGAAAGGUAUCUACCCUGGAUCGAUCUUUACGAGCUAUGUGAGAGGUCAGCAGGUCGCCAAUAUCUUGUCUUUCAAAGACAUUACCUAGCCGACUAACUAGUCAUCGUAAACAUGAAACUGAAGGAACUUGAGAGCUGUCUUCAACAAGUGGACCCUUUUGAGGAACCAAAGCUUUUUCUCGAACAGUAUCCUACCAGUCCUCAUAUUGCAGCAUGUAUGAUUUAUACUAUUCACAAUACCUUCGAUGACAUUGAGAAUAAGUUGGUGGCAGACCUGGGAUGUGGAUGUGGAGUUCUGAGCAUUGGGGCUGCAAUGCUGGAUGCUGGAUUAUGUGUUGGGUUUGACAUUGAUGAAGAUGCAUUGGCUACGUUCCGAAUGAACACAGAAGAAUUUGAACUCCCAAACAUUGACAUCAUACAGUGCGAUGUGUGCAACCUGGUGCCAGCUGCAGUCACAAAGAAAUUUGACACUGUGAUCAUGAACCCUCCCUUUGGAACAAAACACAACAGUGGUAUGGAUAUGCAAUUCCUAAAGACUGCAAUAAAUAUGGCAAGGACAUCGGUUUACUCUCUUCACAAAACCGCAACACGAGAGCACAUACAGAAGAAGGCCAGUGACUGGAAAGUGAAAAUGGAAGUAGUAGCAGAACUUAGAUACAACUUGCCAGCAUCAUACAAGUUCCAUAAGAAGAAAUCGGUCGACAUUGAGGUGGACUUCAUGCGAUUUUCCAUUUAAUGAAGCCACAGCUGGAAUGCAUUCAAAGCUGCUUACAUCCACACUUCAAAUAAAAUCUUAAAACAA